AUGAGGGAGGUGGUGACGGUGCAGGUCGGCGGCUUCGCGAACUUCGUCGGCUCCCACUUCUGGAACUUCCAGGAUGAGCUGCUCGGGCUCGCCGAUGACCCCGGCGCCGACCCGGUAUUUAGCACCGCCGCCCUGGACAUGGACGUCCUGUACCGCGCCGGCGAGACACAGCAGGGCGUUGCCACCUACUGCCCUCGCUUGGUGUCAGUAGGCUCUCGAGGGUCUCUUGGCUCGUUAAGUUCCUCUGGUACUCUAGGUUCGAGCAGUGCUGCUGCAGAUCAGCCCAACAUCUUCACAUGGUCCGGAAAUGUAACAAAAUCAGUAGCAAAACCUCAUGAGCGGAAUUUGUUCCUACAAAGUUUAUCUGAAGAAGAACAGAACCCAAGCUCUAGCAAUGGCCGAAACAAUGCCAGAGAAAAUAUUGAAGAUAAGGACCUGGUUGAAAGUCUAGAGAAUGGAGUCAAUUUUUGGACUGCUUAUUCAAAAGUUCAGUAUCAUCCUCAGAGCUUGUAUGAGUUGUAUGGAUCAUGGACAGACUUUGACAAGUUUGAUAACUAUGGGACUGCAAAGGAGGUGGUUUCAGAAUGGUCUCAAAUGGAGGAGAUGAAUGAGAGGCUAAGGUUCUUUGUCGAAGAAUGCGACCAUAUCCAGGGCAUCCAGUUUCUUGUGGAUGAUUCUGGAGGCUUUGCCAGUGUAGCUGCACAGUUUUUGGAGAGUAUUGCUGAUGAUUACACAAAUACCCCUGUAAUGCUAUAUUGUGUGCGGAAUCCAGACUCCUAUGGGUCUUCCAGAAAUCAGCGCGAAACCAUCAUAAGAUCUUUGCAUGAUGCUGUGUCAUUGUCAAAACUUUCAUACUCCUGCAAUCUGAUGGUACCAGUAGGACUGCCUUCUCUAAGUUACUUGUCACCUUUGCUUUCUAUAAAAGAUGAGAAACACUUCCACUCCAGUGCCAUUUGUGCAGCAGCAAUACAUUCAUUAUCUGUUCCAUUUAGGCUACGACAUGUGGGCCCGGCCUCAGAUUCAGCACAUUCAUCUGGUAAGCUUGAUAUCGGUGAGCUUGUGCACAUAUUAUCUGAUCAAGGCAGGCAGAACAUGAUCACAGCGCUGGAUGUAGCAAUGCCUGCCCCUUCUUUGACAGAUAGAAAAGAUCUGAGGAACAUACAGAGGAGCUUGCAUUCUCUGACCCCUGAAAUCAGCGAUGAGGAUGAAGAUCCUUAUGCUGUUGAAUCUUUGGUGGUUCAUGGAGCCCUAGAUGCAGGCGGGAAAAGAGCUUCCAUAUCUCAGGUGAAGGACUCCGUCUGUUCUGCUCUGGAAGGCAGGGCGACAAAACCAAAGUUCUCCCACCUCUCACUAUCGCCGUGCCCCCUCCCAAUCCCACUCCCAUUCCCGUCGAUCUUCAGCAGCAGCGUAGGCCAGCAGGGCGAGAUCCUCAGCAACAGCCACCCAGAAGGAACCCGGCCAAAGGGUUCGCUCGACGUCGUCUCAGUGCCGAUGGCAGCACGCCUGAGGUCGAGCAGCGUCAUAGUGCCCUUCAUUGAGAGGAGGUCGACGAGCCUCCAGAGGCUCGGCGUCGCCAGGGGUUCGCUGGGCUCGCAGGUCCUCCGUGACUGGGGCUUCGGGAAGGAGGAGGUCGAGGACAUGGGCGAGCACCUGGCGAAGAUGCUGCGCCCGUUUUACCCCGAAAUGGAUCUGACGUCGGAUUCUGAUGACUAG